CGUACGCAUUGAAUCCAAUGAUAGGGUUUGACCUAAUCAGUGAAUUGAACGACGUCCGUACCACAGUUGAUUACAGGUUAAAAGCGACUCCUCCCGCUACCGAUAUGUCCCUACGAGCUCAAGUGUUAGUUUCAGUCCUUAUCCUACACGUCAUGAUGACGUCAGCUCUGGAUAAGGGUGAAAUCCUGGACAUGUCCUAUCCGUUUGGUGAAUCCACCUUGUAUUGGCCGGGCGAAGCAUCUUUCGAAUUGGACAUAAGGGUACGUGGACCAUCGGGUGUACUACCUUGGUACGAGGCCAACGCAUUCUCAAGCCCAGAACAUGGCGGGACUCACAUUGACGCCCCGUCCCACUUCUCCGAAGGCAAGCAACGCGUGGACGAUAUACCAGUCAACAAGUUGGUAGGCCCGGCCAUUCGAAUCGACAUAACCGACAAAGCUAAGGCAAACAGGGAUUAUGAAAUGACAUCCCAGGAUCUGCACGACUGGGAAGCGGCCCAUGGAGAGAUUCCAGUCGACUCCUUGCUCUUCGUCUACACCGGUUGGGGUGCUUUCUACCCGGAUCGCCUGGCCUACUUUGGAUCCGCACGAAACGACACCUAUCUGAAUGAGCGCAAUGAAUCUGUGCUUCACUUCCCUGGCGUGGCGCCUGAAGCAGCCAGCUGGUUGGUUGGCAAUCGUAAGAUUGCGGGUCUUGGGAUCGACACACCAUCCAUUGACUAUGGACAAUCCACCCAAUUUAUGACCCAUCAGAUUUUGUUGGGAGCUAACAUCUACGGACUUGAGAACGUGGCUAACGUGGAUAAACUGCCGAACACAGGAGCUACGGUGUACUCACUCCCAAUAACGAUUGAGGAUGGGAGUGGCGCACCCGCCCGUAUUAUCGCAGUGUUGGAUGAGGAUGGCGAAGGCUCAGUGACCGCGUCUCCCCCAAAAUCCCUGUUAGUUACGUUGCUCGGAUUCGCUUUGUUCGUUGUUGAUUUCUGAAAAAGUUAUUUUACUUUUGAUUUGCCGAAAGUGCCAGUGAUGCAUAUUAUUUACAUUAGCACACAAUGAUGUAUUCAUGUCUUUUCUUUUCUUUGUUCAUUAUGACGUCACGCCGACAGGCAAAACCGCCAGGCAUCCUAACAAUAGAAGCAUGUUUUGCAUUUCUUUUGGCCCACAUAACAAAAUAUAAUGUCUACAUUGUAAAACCCUUCACAUUUCAAGAGAUAUACAUGUACAUGCAGUGCAGAAGACAACCAUCUGCCGAAAAUAUCCAAGUGUCCCGUAAUAUUUGAGUCUGUUGGGUCAAGCCUAAAGUUCAUAUCCACCACAGUGACGCGUAUAAAAGGUCAUCUGGUUUUCGUUAUUGGUAUGUACAAGUGCAUAAAAUGUCAAUCUCUCGGAUCUCGGGCUAAAGCCAGGGUUUGGCGUGAUGAUACCAUAAUAGCUCUUCGUUUUGUAUAGUGCAUAAUCGGCAAUCGGGUAAGGUUCAGGGCAAGGUCAGCGAUGAAUGAAAAACGCGAGCUUUCUAAAGAGGGCAACCCCCCCCCCCGUUAAAAAUGAGACAUAAUUACUUCGGUUGAAGAGCAUUUGGCAACAAAUUUAGACUAUACAUUGUGUUGAAAUUGAUUAGUAAAAUAUAUACCUAUCUUUUAAUCUUAAUUAAACAAUAUCGUCAUCUGUUUUGUUACUUUCCCGCAAACGCCAUGGUUAUACUCAGCAGAUAUGCAUACAUGAGUGCAUUUGGUGGCAGGCUGAGGCAUGUUUAAAUUUUAAACUUCAUAUAGUCUACGCUGUAAAAAUUCACUGCGCAUGCACUUGUGGACUAGCGGAUAUUUGUCCCCGAAUCUUUGUCCCAGAAUCAUGAACACCAGAGGCACUAAUUAGCACAAAGUCAUAGUUACUAUAGCACAUACUGACUAGCACGUCUUUGUCCCAGAAUCAUGAACACCCGGGGCUCUAUUAAUUAGCACAUGUUUACUAUAGCACAUACUGACUAGCACGUCAUUGUCCCAGAAUCAUGAACACCUGAGGCUCUAUUAGCACAUGUUUACUAUAGCACAUACUGACUAGCACAUCUUUGUCCCAGAAUCAUGAACACCUGAGGCACUAUUUUAUGCACCUCAGGUGCAAGUUGACUCGACUAGCACAUACUGACUAGCACAUAAUAAAAUCGCGAAUACUUGAGGCACUCCCAUCACUUCACGUACAUUAAACGCUGACGCAGUGACAUGCACCUAAGGAGACAGUUUGAAGAAAGAUCAAGCGCCCGGCCGUGCUUGCGAUGUGCACGGACCACUUGAGGUACUACUUGAUGCUUCCAUUCAAAUGAAGAUUAAUCGGAUGGCAAAUUGCAUUGGCUGGAUUUCGCGUGACCUUUGACCUGAGCGUCAUCACGGUCAUGACUCUGCAAGGUUUGAAAUGGCCGUUAAGACGGAGUCAUUUACUCUUUCAUUCCAGUUUAGAGAUAUUUUUUUUUUCGUUGAAAAGCGUAAUAAUGAAGGAAAUUCUGUAAAACUUAUCUUUUAUGUUGUAAAUGUACAACUUCCCAUCACUUGCUCAUGCUCCGUUUUGAAUCACGAACGGUCGGAUCAUGGUCGGAUUGCAUUAUGCGAC